AUGCCAGCUAUUGAAAGCACGAGAGCCGCCUCGCGGUGGACUACCCGCAUAGUCCCCGUCUUCCUUGCUGCUGCCGUUGCCUAUGCGACAUACGUAGUCGUCGCUCGCGUCUGUUUGAAUUACCUCCUUCGCUCUCUCCACGAGGAUGGGACCGCCGUCGCUCUUCUCGUCCUUUACUUCGUCUUCUUCGUAUUGAUGAUCGCUACCUAUGCCCGAACCCUCUAUAGUGCGAACUUCAACCCAGGUGUCGUCCCUCUCGGCCCACGGGCUGCCAGUCAGCAAGGGACUAAAGACGGAAGGUGGGUGAGACGGCCGUAUGGAGCACACGAUAUCGAGGGACGGGCCUAUGAGGCCGGGCCUGAUGAAGAUCCCGACAGCCCUGGACUUGAGCGCUUCUAUUCUCGGGACGCGUUUGUAUGCGAGAAUGACGGUCGCCCGAAAUGGUGCUCUGAAUGCUGUAAUUGGAAACAAGAUCGUGUCCAUCAUAGCCGCGAAAUUGGUCGAUGCGUUUAUCGCAUGGACCACUACUGCCCCUGGGCUGGUGGCAUGAUUGCGGAAAGUUCGUUCAAAUUCUUUGUACAGUUUACUACAUAUACAUCGCUAUUUUGCGCUGUGGUCUUGGGCGCAACCGCCUACGCGCUUCGUCGGCAGGUCCAGCAGGGUGCAUCUCCCGAUCCUUUUCUUCUAGCUGCUAUAGUGAUAGCCGCCUUCUUUGGGCUAUUUGCCUUCCUCAUGACUGUGACCUCGAUCCGAUAUCUUCUCCAAAACAUGACGAAUGUCGAUAUUCUGUCAUACCGCCAUAAAGUCUAUCAAUUGGCUGUACGCGUUCCUCGUGGGACGAGGUCGGAUCAAUUCGGCACGAUCGAGUAUCCCUUGAGGAAACUAGACAAUGGCCCGACCUACAGGAAAGAAGCGAAUCGACGUUUGAAGCCCAACGGUCGUGUACCUGAAGACCGAGGAGACACCCCUCACGCAAGUUCUCGGGAUGAUCUAGCAACACGGACCUUUGCAAUCCUUGAGACAAGACCUGGCGAAAACCCAUGGGACCUGGGACCUUGGAGGAAUUGGCAAGCGGUAAUGGGUACGAAUCCCUUGGAUUGGGUGCUCCCCAUUCGCCAUUCGCCUUGCGCCAAUCACGAAAAUCCUGAAAGCCUUUAUAGUAUGGACCGCAUCCUCAAUAAGCUUCGGGCCCGGUACGGUCUUCCUGCUGGCCCCCCGUCUGACGAGAGUACGCUUGUAGAGAUGAGAAAUUUGCGGAGUUAA